AUGGUCCUUAAACGAGACAACGUGCCCCGGACCCCUCCUUUACACUGCGCGAUCUCGGACCCGAAGUACGAGCAUCUCUUCCAAACCGUCAACGCCGUCUUCGGAGAUAUCGACGUUCAAGGGACGGCGUCUCAGCCUGCUGUAACGGUCUACGAGGACUACACCGGCCUCAAUGGCACCUCGCCCCUGAUCUUAUCGUUCGUUGUACCUACCUGGGUCAUCACAGACCUCGCAGAUCCUACCGUCGCCAAAGUAGGACUCUCUAUCCGUUCGACGCCUGCGACCAGAAUGGCCUUCGUACCUAUCCUGGGCCCGGAGCUCUCUAUAUUCGAAACCACCUUCGAAGACGAGCAGUCUAUCCAAGUUGUGCCGGAGUCGCGUCUCGCCUAUGACACCCUCAAGGACUACGCAUCCGGUACCGCCGAGAUCGCCGCCGAGAUCGGGCCUCUUCAAGGAAUGCAAGCUCAGGCCAACGAUCAGUCUGCGCUUGCGACGAUAUCAACACUGACUGCAAGGAUCGCCGUCGAGCACCCUCGGGCGAAGAAGGCGUUCGCUGCCGGCGCAACUCCGGAGCUUUCGCAGCUUUCUAUCAGCAUACUCCAGCUGAGCCUCGGGGGUCAAUCGCAACGUGUCCCUUGUCCCUUGCCUGUGCUCGGUGCUCAAUACAAGCUUCGCUUAGCUCGCAAGUCUGGCUACAUUGAGGUUGUUAUUCCAGUCUCCAUACCCUACUCGACAAAUGAAGCCAUGAAGCUCAAUCCCUUCGGAAUCUGCUACUCGGGUGGACUGUCACCUCACCCCUGGAACAUCCAUCGCGUGAACCUCGCCAAACUCCCCCUCCUCCAGCUCUCUCCACUCGACCCUGCCCCCAAAUGGGUGAACAGCCACGCUGGCAGCUCCUUAUCCGUCCGCGAGCACGCGCACCGGAAGAACGACGACCACACCGAUGUUCUCGCGUGCGUCAAGGACACCAUCCACACCAUCUUCGCGCGCACCGCCGGCCGAGCAGGGACCCGCGUUUUCGCGCUCCGAGACGACGACGCCUCCGGGGACGCCGCGGACCCGAUUCUAUGCUUCUUCGUCCACGGCCUCCGCUUCGACCUCGGCGCGCAACGAUCGUCGCCGACGCCUCCGCCCUCGUGCUCUCCCCCGCGCUCUCCCCGCAGCUCGCGGAGGCCCUCUCUGACCUCCGAGGGCGAGUCGACUUCCGCGCGUGCAGCGCAGAGAUGCGCGCGUGGAAGCAGCUCCUCCCCGCGCUCGCGGAGCGCUGCCGCGCGGGCUGGACCCACCGUCCCGCGGCGCGGCGGCGGAGUGCUGCCGGGCCUCUGCGCGUGCGGGCGCGGGCGCGACGUCGGGGCGAUGGAGGCGAUGGAGGCGUGGGCGCCGUUCGCGCCGCACGCGACGCGGGUCGCGAUCUCGCCGCUUUUUGCGGUGUCUUACCUGGAGCUGGUCGUCACCAUGAAGUCCGAGGCCACGCGCGAGCAGUGUGCAAGGUGCAAGAAGGGCGGGGCGGGGGGCGCGGAGCUGCGGCAGUGCUCGCGGUGCAAGGCGGUUGCAUACUGUUCUGAGGCGUGCCAGAAGGAGCAUUGGAGGACGCACAAGACGUCUUGCAAGGCGCCUUCUUGA